AUGAUCUGAUAACAUAAGAAAUAAUAAGUGAAUUGGCGCGAGAGAGAAUUGGAUAGGAAGAAACCCCUACAGGGUGUACUCCACUGCAAAUAUUGAAAAGUCAAAGUCAAGAAUCCACCACCAUCUCGCUAAAAUCAACACGCUAUUGACACACAAAGGCAAAUUUUAAAUGCCGAAAAUAUGAAAAGUUCAGACCAACAUGCUAUUUAACGACGUUCUUCUUCUCUUCCACCUAAAAUCUGCUCUCAUCUUCAUCUUCCAGUUCACAUACUCUCUCUCCAGCUCUCAUCCAUGGCUUCUCUUUCUUUCCGCUUUCUUACACUUUGUUCGAUCGUUCUAUCAAUCACCUUCCCCGUCACUUGGCAGGCCUCAUUCAGGCCCAAGGCACUGGUCCUUCCAGUCAUCAAGGACUCCUCGACUCUCCAAUACCUCACCACCCUGCACCAAAGAACCUCCUUGGUCCCUGUCAAGCUGACCCUCGACCUUGGUGGCAAGUUCCUCUGGGUCGACUGCAACCGAGGCUACUCGUCGUCCUCCUACACCCCGGCUAGGUGCCGCUCGGCCCAGUGCUCCCUCGCAGGGUCCAAGAUCUGCAUCAGCUGCUUCUCCGGGCCCUUGCCCGGCUGCAGCAACAACACGUGUGGCCUCUCCCCAGACAACACAGUGACGCGCACCUCCACGGACGGCGAGGUGGCCCAGGACGUCGUGGCGGUGCAGUCCACCGACGGGUCGAACCCGGGCCCGGUCGUCUCGGUGCCCAAAUUCCUCUUCAUCUGUGGGGCCACAUUUCUCCUGCAAGGCCUGCCCAGUAGGGCACAGGGGAUGGCAGGGUUAGGGAGGACUAGGAUUUCACUUCCCUCUCAAUUCUCUGCUUCCUUCAGCUUUGAUAGGAAGUUUGCCAUUUGCUUGAGCUCAUCGUCAAGCUCCAGUGGAGUGGCCUUCUUUGGCAGUGGGCCUUACAUGAUGCUUCCUGGGAUUGAUGUCUCAAAGUCUCUCAUCUACACUCCACUGAUCAUCAACCCAGUGAGCACUGCAUCGUCUUACUUUACGGGUGAGCCCUCAACAGAGUACUUCAUCGGGGUCAAGUCCAUACAAGUCAAUGGCAAACAAGUCCCUUUAAACGCAUCCCUCUUGAACAUCGACAAAGAAGGCAACGGCGGCAUCAAGAUCAGCACUGUGAACCCGUACACCGUGAUGCAGACCUCGAUCUACAAGGCCGUGGUCGGGGCUUUCAUGAAGGAGCUCUCGCAAGUUCCGAGGGUCCCGCCGUUGAAGCCCUUCGGGGCCUGCUUCGACUCGAAAAGCAUCGGAAGCACGAGGGUUGGGCCGGGCGUGCCGCAGAUCGACCUGGUGCUGCAAAGUAGCAGUGUGUAUUGGAGGAUCUUUGGGGCUAAUUCGAUGGUGCAAGUGAAGGAGGGUGUGUUGUGCUUGGGCUUUGUGGAUGGAGGGUCGAGUCCAAGGACGUCAAUAGUGAUUGGAGGGCAUCAAUUGGAGGACAACUUGCUGCAGUUUGAUCUGGCCACAUCAAGGCUUGGGUUCAGCUCUUCUCUCCUGUUCAGGCAAACCACCUGCUCAAACUUCAACUUCACAACCAAAGCUUAGUGGGAUGCCACCAUGAAGGUUCCUUUUUUUUCUUUUAAUUAAUAAAGGGCGAGAUAUAUUGGUGGGUCAAAAAUAUAUUAAUAAAUUUUUUUGCAAUUGGAAUAUGUAACUUGUAUAAUCAUUUUGAUCCGUGAGAUAAAGAGUAAAAUAUGUUUAUUGGUUGA